AUGAGCAAUCUUUAUGGUAAAUAUACACAACGUUUGGUGGGUACACCAAAUACUCCAAAUUUCAGGGUAUUUAUAGAGGAAAAUGGGGUACCUAUUUCAGCAUUUCAUGAUAUCCCAUUAUACGCAAAUCCAGAGAAAAGUAUCUUGAAUAUGAUUGUUGAAGUUCCUCGAUGGACAAACGCUAAAAUGGAGAUAUCUAAAGAGGAGUUAUUAAAUCCUAUUAAGCAGGAUGUUAAGAAGGGGAGAUUGCGUUAUGUAAGAAAUUGUUUUCCUCAUCACGGAUAUAUAUGGAAUUAUGGAGCAUUUCCUCAGACAUGGGAAGAUCCAAAUCUUAUGCAUUCAGAAACAAAAGCAAAAGGAGAUAACGAUCCUCUUGAUGUUUGUGAAAUAGGCGAGGCUGUUGGAUAUGUUGGUCAGAUAAAACAAGUUAAAGUUCUUGGUGCAAUGGCACUUUUAGAUGAAGGAGAGACGGAUUGGAAAAUUAUUGUUAUUGAUGUAAAUGAUCCUUUAGAAUCUAGACUAAAUGAUGUGGAAGAUAUUGAAAAACAUCUUCCAGGUCUUAUUCGUGCUACAAAUGAAUGGUUCCGUAUUUAUAAAAUCCCGGAUGGAAAGCCGGAAAAUACUUUUGCGUUUUCUGGAGAAUGUAAAAACAAAAAAUAUGCAUUAGAAAUUAUUCAAGAAUGUUCAGAAUCAUGGGAUCGUCUUAUAUCUGGGGAAUCUGACUUAAGAGGAAUCAAUUGUACAAAUACUAUGGUUUCUCAUUCUCCCUUUUAUACAACUGAAAACAUACAUAUUCCUCCUGGUGAAAAUAAUCCACCUGCACCUAAGGAUCCUUCUAUUGAUAAGUGGUUCUAUAUUUCAGGAGGAAUAUAA